AAUUUCGUCAAUUCGCCGUUUCUGUGGCCUCCGUGUCUGUGGGAGCGAGGCGCGAGAAAUUCCGAUCCCACAAUCCGAAUAACAAGAAAAAUUGCUAAAACUGAAACUUUGCAAUCACAAAUUAGAAAAUUUUUCUGGCAAAAUCAAAAUGUCCGAUGUUACCAGAGCCGUGAUUGUCAUCGGUGGGCUGUGUGUUGUAGGAACUGUGGCAUAUUACAUGGGAAGGAAGAGCAACAUGCAAAUUAUCAGUGCGCCGGCAAAUGAGUCGGCAGCGUCCCCUAGAAGCGAGAUUGCUGUUGAUACUGAGGAUGAUGAAAUCGCCGAGGUUCUUUUCUUUCCUGACGUGGGCUAUGCGUGCAACGAUUUCCUCUUCAACCCUACUGGCUGCAGAAAUGAUGAUCUUUGCCUAUUCCUGCAUGAACGCACUAGUCUAGGAUCCAUUUGUGUCUACCUUCAAGCCGCUGAAAUAAGCAUAAAUGUCUGCAUGUACACUUUGAGCAGCUCUGAGAUUGUGUCAAGCCUACUGUGUGCUCUGGAUAAUGGAGUGACUGUCCGAAUUCUCAUUGAUUAUCAGCAUGCGAUUACCUCAGCUGCAAAUACCCUUCGGAAAUUAGGAAUCAGAGGCGCCCUAAUUUAUGAAGCAAGGUCCAACUUCAUGAUGCACAACAAGUUUGCCAUCAUUGACAAGAAAAUCAUCAUGACUGGUUCCUUCAACUGGACCCUCCAGGGCUCGAAUGGCAACUACGAGAAUGUGGUCAUUCUUUCCAAGAAGAAGUUGGUCCAGAAGUACUGUGAACAGUUCGAGCAACUUUGGGAGGACUUUGCCGACUUAAAUGUGCCGAGCCACCCUUCUGACAACCCUGACUUGGCAUUCAACCCUCUGAAGAAUAAGAUAGCUUGGGAUGGCAUUAUUGUUGGCUACGAAGCUCCUAAAAAGGAUGGUUUUAUGAAAAGGACUCGGCCUGAUGAGCCAAGUCGUAAAAGGCUUUAAGGACUUGUGAGUGGUCAAUACUGGCAGUGUAAUUCAUACAAUGAUUGCAUAUUUACACUCAAAAGGCAAUACGAGUGCCUUAAAUUAACAACUGCUGACGAACUUAACUCAAGCUUUUUUGAAUUUGUGCAAAUUGGCCCAUUUUUAAUUUUUACAUAGCUUAAUCAAGAUUUUAAUUAAUUUUGGAAUGUGCCCAAUUAUUCUUAUUAAGUUGGGAAAAAAUGCCAUAAAUUUGAUAAAUAUACUCCGAACAACUGCAAUAAUUAUUAUUACGCACUAAUAAUUCAAUCAAAAGUUUAAGACUUUAAAUGAAUGUUAAAGUGAUCUGACAAGAAGCACAAGCAAAAGUUUUCUAAAGUAGCAAUUUAGACUUGCGGAGCACCUGAAAAUUUUAAAGUAAAUACGGAAAACGCUAGAAUGUCCUCAAUUAAGUUUUAAAUUAUAGGAUUAAGUGCUCUCAAAUAGAUUUAUAGCUAAAAUGUUUUUGUUUCGUUGAGGCAAAACAUUUUGUGUUGAGACAGGGAGAUGUCAAGCGAGACACUGACUUGACCUCGAUUACUACAGAAUAGACUGAGCGACGUGAGCAAGUGUUUAUGCUACAAAGCAGGGCUCCAUGCUGUGAAGUGCAAAAACGGAAUAUAUAUAAAUAUGAGACUAACAGGUUCUCACGAAUCAGAAGAUUCAUUCCUAGAAAAAGGAAUACUAUUUUUUUUAACAAUAUUUUCCCGCAAAGGGCGAGAAGACGGAAAAGAAUCUUUUUAUAAUCGCACCUGUCAUGCAAGUUGUUUAUCAAGAAAAUUUGUGUGAGAAAUUAAAUAAAUUGAAAUAAAAUUUAAAAUCAUUUAAGUAAACUC